AUUUAAACUGUACAGCAAAAUAGAUGUAAAAUAAUGAAAUCAUUUUUCAUUGUUGUUAUUUUAGUGCCUUUGGUACUUUCGUACACAUUUCCUGAAAAUUUCAAAAGAUGCCACAGGAAUGAGAUUGAUCUGGAUAAUUGUUUAAAAACAACCAUUCAAAACGCACUGCAACUAAUUGGGAUGACAGGGAUUCCAUCGCUUAACUUACCUCCUAUAGAUCCAUUAAAAGCUGCUAAAUUGGAAGUAAAAGCUGAUACAAGUACUUUGCAUGUCGUACAGAAAUAUUUUGAUAUGAACAUUUUUGGAUUCUCAAAUUCCACAGUAGAAAAUGCUCAUUUUGACACAGACAAAAAUAUUUUAACAUUUACCAUAUAUGUGCCGAAAAUAUAUCAAAAGGCUAAGUAUGACAUAAACGGCAAAAUAAUGGAUUUCUCCAUUUUUGGAAAUGGUGAUUCAAUUUUGACGCUAUUUAAUUCAACAUUAACACAUACUAUCAAAUUCCAGGAGGAUACCAAGGACAAUAAAUCUUAUUUCAUUAUAACAUCUUAUAAUCUUUCAGUAAUUACUAGCAAAAUCCAUUUUUACUAUGACAACUUAUUUAAUAGUGACAAGCAGUUAUCGGAAAAAAUUCAUAAAAUUUUAAACGAGAACUGGAAAGGGGCAUUUGGUGACGUUAAAGAAGGAGUGCAAACUGCAUACGCACAUAUUUUCAAGAACGUAGCCAUUGGACUGUUUAAUAGAGUUCCAGUUGAGGAAAUAUUUUUAAAUUAAGGAUAAGUUAUAGUGUUAAUAUGGGACUAUAACAAUAUACAACUGUA